CCUCGAUGGUACAGUCCUUUGGCAACAUGGCGCUCGUUGGGAGACUGGCAGCCAAAUAUUGUCGGUCAUUAUUGUUUGAGCCUUUUCAAGGACGUUUUCGUGGAGUUUUAGCUCCGGGCUGGAUUCAAAGCUGUGUUGUAGCUAAGAGACAUUUGCUGUCGGAAGAUAUUGUCAAACUGCAGGACUUCCAGCAGAGGAAGCUGGCUGUGGCUCAUCUCGUCUCUGGAACAGAAGGUAAUUUUAUCGAGCUGUUCAGACAGAAAAUGCAGAGAAAUGAGCUGGUUCUGCGGGAUGAACUGAAGCUCCUCCUUCACCUGUGCCAGUCUUUAGAUGACAUGGUGGUAGCCAGAGAUGCCAUUUAUAGAUACUAUGCAGAAAAUCGGAACUUGAUGUACGGAGACUUUAAGUUUGGUCCUCUUUUCAUGAGACUUUGCUACGAGUUCGGCCUGGAAGAAAUGGCUGCUUCAGCUCUUACAGAUAAGAAUCUGAAAGGAUUUUUCCUCGACACAACCUCUUUUAACAUUGCUAUAGACAUGUUAUUCAUUAAAGGCUUGUAUGAAAGAGCUCUUGAGGUGCUAAAAAGCAUGAGGAGCCAAGGCUUACAAUUCAACAAAGACACUUUAACUCUUGCAGCUGGGACCUGCUAUAAGCUGAACACGGCAGAGUCGUACCGGAUCUGCACAGCUUUGAUGGAAGAGGAGCAGACCAAAGGCCACUUCAUCUCUCGGCACGCAUUCUGCUUCGCUGUAGCUUUAGCACUGCGACAGAAGGAGGUAGAAAAAGCAAAGCUGCUGUUUGUACAAAUUAUGAACCCAGAAAGCAAAUUGUGCCAAAACCUCAAGGUAGCAACACUAGCUGUGUCUGGAGAAAUUGUAGAGGCUGUUGCCUUAUUAUCAGCAGCCCUGUUGCCCAAAAGUCCGUAUUUUAUUAAAAAAACAGAGUUCUCGCAGGAGGUGGUGGACCUGCUUCGUCUGCAUAGCGAAGGCGGACCACAUCACACAAAAGUGAGUCAGGUAGUGACUCAGCUUGAGCGAGCCUCUCAGGUGACUCAGCAGACCCUCGAUGACAUGCUGUGCCACACACCUGUGGGGAAGAGGAGACAAGCACCCAUGGGCGAGGGGAGGAGGACCAGCCGAAGGACUCUGAAGCCUCUGAAGUCUGCUUUAUUGUCAGAGUGAGGCCAGUUCUGCUCAGCGAUGCAAAUGUCUAAUGUGGAGAUUCACAAUUUGGUUUAUAAAAAUGAGCUUUGUUACGACGCAGGUACAACUCACAGCAGUAUUCAUUGUACAGUUUUAAAAUUGACCUAGAAAAACAUAAAUAUUUUUAUCACAACACUAAAAGUCAGAUAACAGACUUUUGUUAGUAGAGAUGUUUUUUUUUCCAUUCAUUUUUCAUUAUUAAACAAACUUUAACCACACCUCAUGAUUAUUUUUGAAAAACCUCAACUUAGUAAAUGUUACUUGAAAAUAAGCUGCAGUUUCUUAUAAAGACAGUCAAAAUAAAUCAGGCAGGGAUGUAUUUUGUAUAUCCUGUGUAAGUUUGGAGGGGGGUGUAAUUGAUUAUUAUAUUUAAUAAAAAAAAUGUUUUGAAGAAG